UUCUAAGCGCCAUGACCGCACAUACGAUCACACCAGAAACAGUCUGAGGCGGGGAUGAAAGGUUGAAAACAUGGCGGCGGCCUUGGACGAGGAGGAAAUUGACAAUGAUGAUUAUUAUUCUUUACUAAAUGUCAGGAGGGAGGCGACCCAGGAGGAGCUGAAGGCGUCGUACCGGCGGCUAUGCAUGCUGUACCACCCCGAUAAGCACCGCGACCCGGAGCUCAAAAGGCAAGCGGAGCAGCUGUUUAAUCUGGUGCACCAGGCUUACGAGGUGCUGAGCGACCCCCAGUCCAGAGCCAUCUAUGACAUCUACGGCAAGAGGGGGCUGGACGUGGAAGGCUGGGAGGUUGUGGAGAGAAAGAGGACGCCCGCGGAGAUCCGGGAGGAGUUCGAGCGGCUCCAGAGAGAGAGGGAGGAGAGAAGACUACAGCAACGGACCAACCCAAAGGGGACAAUCAGCGUGGGCGUGGACGCCACCGAUCUCUUCGACCGCUAUGAAGAGGAGUACGAGGACGUGCCGGCCGGUGGCUUUCCACACCUGGAGAUCAACAGGAUGCACAUCUCGCAGUCCAUAGAGGCUCCUCUAACGACCUCAGACACAGCCAUCCUCUCCGGCUCUCUCUCUACACACAACGGCAAUGGAGGGGGCAGCAUCACCUGUGCAUUGCGGAGGGUAACCUCUGCCAAGGGCUGGGGGGAGGUGGAGCUGGGUGCUGGAGACUCACACGGGCCGGUCUUUGGCAUGAAGUUCUUCCGCAACCUGACCCAGCGCUGCUUCCUGACGGCGCAGUGCAACCUGCAGUUCUCCUCCCGGGGCGUCCGGCCGGGCGUGACCACGGUCCUGGCCCGGCACCUGGACAAGAACACCAUGGGCUACCUGCAGUGGCGCUGGGGCACGCAGUCCUCCAUGAACACCAGCGUCGUCCGCGACACCAAGACCAGCCACUUCACCUUCGCCAUGCAGGUGAGCGCGGUCUGGGUCUCACAGCGCUUUGUCCUGUGGGCGGCGGGUUUAACGGCGUCUCUGCGCUCGUUCGGCAGGUCGGGGUUCUUCGGCACGGUGGUGGAGUACGGCGCGGAGACGAAGAUCAGCCGGCACAGCAUCCUGGGAGCCACCGUCAGCGUCGGGGUACCCCAGGGCGUGUCCCUAAAGAUAAAGCUGAACAGGGCCAGUCAGACGUACUUCUUCCCCAUCCACCUGACGGAUCAGCUCCUGCCCAGCGCCGUCUUCUACGCCACUGUGGGGCCGCUGGUCUUCUACCUGGCCAUCCAGCGGCUCGUCAUCAAGCCCUACCUGCGCGCGCAGAAGGAGCAAGAGCUGGAGAAACAGCGAGAGGGCGCUUCCACGGAAACAGCCCGGAAGAAGCAGGAGGCAGAGUCAGCUGUUCUGCUGAUGCAGGAGUCUGUUCGCAGGAUCAUCGAGGCCGAGGAGUCCAAGUUGGGUCUCAUCAUUCUGAACGCCUGGUACGGCAAGUUUGUGACCGACAACAGCCAGAGGCACGAAAGGGCAAAGGUCAUCGACGUGACCGUGCCCCUCCAGUGCCUGGUGAAGGACUCCAAACUCAUCCUCACAGAAGCCUCAAAGUCGGGCCUGCCGGGUUUCUAUGACCCCUGCGUGGGCGAGGAGAAGAGCCUGAAAGUGCUGUAUCAGUUCCGGGGCGUGAUGCACCAGGUCCUGUCCCGGGACAACGAGGCACUCAGGAUACCAAAGCAGUCUCACAGGAUCGAUGCGGACACCUAAGGGCCUAAAGUCUGCGGGACCAGCAGACACGAGGCUGACGGAGAGGUGCACAGACAGCUGGACUGGGACCCCGGAGAGACUCUGAGACCCCAAAACCCCUUUCCCUCAAGUCCCUUACGCGUGUCUGUCCCCAGUUUUCAAUUGCCUGUAUCAAUCCGCGUCUAUAUAUACAGAACCAUACGACUUAAAAUGAUAUAUAUAAAUAUCACAUUAUAUAUAUAUACAUAUAUAUAUAGGUAUGUGCAUAUAUAUGUAUAUAUAUAUGUAAUGAAAGGUUGUGUAUUUCAGCAAGUGUCAACAAUUGCCAUCUUGUUUCCCUGAGUCCCCAAAAGGAUGGUGUCAGAAACUACAUUUGUGGGUGCACGUGUUCGCUUGUCCAACGCACAUGCACAUUGUGUGGACAGCCCCCCCCCAUUCUCUCAAUAUUCCAUAUAUCAUGGGAUGAUCAUGUCUCUGAAGAGAUGUACAGCUGACAUGUAAACCCCCCAUGCCCCCCCCCCCUCCCCUGCCAAACAUGGCUCCCAGUGAACAGAAAUGCAUGACCCCUGCACGUUAUGCAGACGGUGUACGGAACGCUACAGUGCCUCAGCUUGACCUUUGACCUUGUGAUACAGGCUCCAUCAGCCUGUCAGAGAGAUGUGAUGUUACCGUAUCAGUGACGAUGUCAGAGUGCGAGAACAGUUUGAAGAAGGAAGAACAUGGCAAAAGACCCAAGUGAAUCUGCCAGGGUGGCGGCCAUUUUAGAAGUGCUUCUCUCAGUGACCUUAUCAUUGGUUGACAUAACGAACCCUUUGAGUAAUAAGCUUGUUUUUGAUGACACAAAUAAACCUCGUAGAGAAAGA